AUGACACUGGCGACGUUGGAUCUUUCGCUUUUCACUAGGGGGGAUCAGACGCAGUCCGAAGCGUUUUGCAAGAGUUUCAUCGAGGCACUCAAAUCACAAGGCUUCGUCAAGCUCAUCAAUCAUGACGCCGACGAGUUCUUCGAUCUUUCCGAAGAAUGCAAAUUGAAGUGCGAGCAUCCGCAGCGACCGAACCCUCAUCGAGGCUGGAGCAAGUUGGGCAAGGAGAAGCUCGCCGGUAUCACCGGUUUCCAGAAGAACGUGACCAAUCCUCCACAGGUAAACGACCUGAAGGAGACGUUCGAUCAAGGCAAUGCCAAAGACGACAUGUUCGACAACAUCUGGCCCGACGAGCAGGACAUUCCAGGUUUCCGUACUUUCAUGGAAGCCUUCUUUGAGCAGUGCCACCUCAUGCACAUGCAGCUCCUCGCCGCCACCGAAACGGGCCUCGCGCUCCGCACCGGCCGUCUGGUCUCACUAUGUAAUCGCAACGAGACAGAGCUGCGUCUGACGAGGUAUCCCCGCGUCGACAUUGACAGACUGCGGGACGGGAAAACGACGCGAAUCGCCGAGCACACGGACUUUGGAACGUUCACGCUCCUCUUUCAGGAUUCUACGGGCGGGCUGGAGGUUGAGGAUCAGCGGAGGCUGGGCACCUUUCUGCCCGUGACGGCGGAGAAGGAGGGCAAGAUGGAGAUGAUUGUCAACGUCGGCGACACGGUUCAACGGUGGACCAACGACGAGCUAUGCUCCGUCAACCAUCGCGUGACCCUUCCGACGGCGCUGAAAGACGUCAAGUGCGGCAGCAGCGUCGUUCCUGCGAGGACGUCGGUCGCGUUCUUUGGGAAGGCGAACCGCCAUGCGUCACUUCGCUGCUUCCCGGAGUUCUCGCAGCACAAGGCGGCCCGGUUCGACGAAGACGUUACUGCACAUGAGUACAAUCAGCGCAUGGUGGAGAAGACGUAUUGA